GGUGCGGGGAAGUGCGAAUAUCCUCGGAUGGUGGGGCAUCAGACAGGCUACGAAAAAGAAAUUGAGAGCUUAAAAUAUCCAAGCAGGAUAUUGUGCCACCCUGUUUCCCUCUCAUCCUCUGAAUAUGUUCAAGGCCCUGGCAGGAAUCUGUUUUCUUCAUCUGACUACAAUUUUCUUCCUAUUUUGGGCAAUUAUUGAUGAUGCAUGGUGGUUCACAGAGAACCUUUAUACAGACUUGUGGGGCAGAUGGGUGAUGGAGAACAAUGAUAAUGUCUGGGUGUACAUGGACAUACCAACCUCAUACCGGAAAGACUAUCUGCAGGCAGUUCAGGCGUUUGCAGUUCUGUCCUGCCUGUUUGCUGUGUUCUCUCUGUGCGUGUUCAUAUUCCAACUCUUUACUCUGGGCAAAGGAAAGCGGUUCACCAUCUCUGGAAUUGUGCAACUCAUCUCCUGUUUCUGCAUAAUGGUGGCUCUGUCAGUCUACACCGAUCACUUUCACAGAGGCGAGAAGAAUGGCUGGUAUGGCUGGUCCUACAUCAUGGCCUGGUUUGGGUGGCUGCUGACCCUCUUCACUGGAAUUAUGUACAUCAUUCUGCGCAAAAGAGUUGAUUAAAUUUUAGACCUCGCUAAAGCCUUAAUUAUUUUAUUUCCAAGUCUUAAGUGCACAACUUGAAAAAUAAUGAGUUGUCUCAAAUAUUACAGGCGUUGGUUGGAAUUGUAGAAACUUGCGAAACAAAUCACAGCGUCAGCAGUUCAUUGAAACUUUUGAGCACAUAUGCAAAGUUUAAAAUCUGUCAGUGAGAAAUUGUUGAUUCAGCAUUUGAGGAAAAUUUGCUAGAGAAGUUUCUUGAAACAAGAAGAGAAAUGUUUUUUGCAUUUUUGUUUAGAGUAAUACUAUAGAUUGGUUUGAUGGGUCAUCUUUCCUAGUUUCUCAAAGCACAGAGGGUCUAAACACACUUUAUUGCAGGAGUUAGUGUGUAAAGAUGGUGAAGAUGCAGUACAUACAAGAAUGAAAUGUAAAAAAUAUAUUUAUAAUAUGUAUAAAGAGAAAGAUAAGUUGUACAUAUAAAGUACAUACAGAAUUUUUUUUAGCAUAGUGUAGUUUAAAACAUCACUUGCACUUUAAGAAAUAGCAUUGUCUUAAACUAUUUUAUUUCAUAUUUUCUUUCAAUUCAUUUUGUGUGUGUGUGUGUGUGUGUGUGUUUUAAAUGGCAAUAGCACAGGAUAGUCUCUAGGUGAAAAUAAGGGUCAAAUCUUUGUUACUGCGAUGCAUUAUGGUGCUGUUCAAAUUUGUGAUCAUCCGCUUGAAUCAUGUAGACUUCUGAAUACACAAUCCUUUUGUAAUUUCAUUGUACAGACCCUCUGCCACCAUAUGUACUUACAGUUUCUGUGUGGAGAAAUGCUUUCUUGAUAAUGACAUCAUGGGCCCUGUUGCUAUGCCAGCCAUUUUUGAUUAGCAUGAUGAUGAUGAAUGAUUGUUCAUGUGGUCAGAUGAUCACCCUGUAAGAUCCUCAUUCUAGAGCACAGAAUGUUCCAAAAUAAUUUUUAGAAUGCUUUGGUUUUUUAAACGUCAAUAUCUAUUCAUAAUUGUAUGGGUGUAAUUAUUCAACAUCCUCUCAAGGAAGAAGCUCCUUACUUUGUUUGGUUAAAGUUUUA